AUGGAUUCCCGAACACCAGAGAAAUUGCACGACUGGCAGAUUGCCCUUUCACUGCUCGCCUUUUUCUUUCUAUCUCUCGUGAUUUCGUUCGCUUUUUUCUUCUGUUGUCUGAAGGACCGUCGAACCAAAAAUGAAGUGAAAAGAGGUUACCUCAAAGCAUGGGUCAAGAAACAUAAAAUAGUAAAAGAUAUUGCAGUGGCUUUGACUUUUGGACUAUCUACCGUUGGUUUGGCUUUGACCUGCAUGGCCGCGGCUGCACCUGUAUAUAUCAGCUUGACACCCUUUGCCCUGACAGUAACUGGCUCUAUACUCACUGGUCUUGCAUUUUGGUCUGCUGUUGUUGCGAGCUAUUGA